AUGGCAAGACGAGCAUUACUUUCAGAACAUCACGACAAGGCACUACUCGCCCAAGUCCCGGUGCCGAGGAAGCGGGCAGCCAGCGACGAAGAAUCGCCCCGGCCGACGAAGCGGACCGCCGUGGACGCGGCGGGCAAAGGCCUGACCACCAGAGAGCCGGCGGCGGAAGCGUCCGCCGACGGAUCCGUUGCCUCGACGCACGGUUCCGACAACGAAUCACGUCGGCCGGUGCCUGCUGGUAGCUCUACCCAGGCACCGUAUGCACCGAUGCAUGCCAGCACCACGGCCCCCUACCACGUACCCCGGGAGCCCUACUACCCUCCCGUCGUCUUUCCACGAGCCGCCGGUCCGGCUCACGCGUACGCCAGCGGAGGCAUGGGCAUCCACGCCGCACACGCUGGCUACGGCACCGGUGGCUCUGGCUACGGCGGCGGCGGCGGCAACUGUUACGGCGGAUACGGCGGAUAUCAUGGAUAUGCUGGAUACCAUGGAUGCCAUGGCGGCACGAGCGGCUAUUAUGGUCACGGCAGCAGUGGCCACCCGUACGACGGCGGUGACGUUUUGGAUGGCGCCCUCACCCUCCCUCCGAUUCUUACCCAGCCGGGACACGGAUACGGAACGGCCCAGACCAUCGCCCCGGGAGGGUUUGGAUGCGUCGACGAAGUGGUGAGCAACGGGCAGGACUCGGGCUAUGCGUCGAGGACGUCAUCCAACCACGCCAACUCGCCUACUUCGCCGACCCCUUGCUCCGAAGAGACCCACGGCAAUGCCGACGGAUACUACUCACAUUUCAGACCAUGA